UGAGAGAUUGGUCUUUUAUUUAAUAAUCCAUUUAUUCAUUGGCUUCUCACAAUAAUUCUCAAGAUCAGUCUCACGUGCAUCUCCUUGUUUGUGUUUCCGUAAACUCGCUGGCAACCAAGACGUGUUUUCUGUGAUGGUGACAUUGUGAUAGGUAGUCUCGGAGGGUGGAGAGAGAGAAGGUGCGCGCCGAAUAACUUCCUAUCGACCGCGUGCUUUUUGUCACUGCAGAGAAUGAACAUGAGCAGCGGCAGACUUUAUUCACGACUGCAAUCAUGUCGUUUUUAUUCCGGUGGUUUGAGAGCGACGUAUCACCGUACCCUGGACAAGAUCGAGUUAAAGCUGCCGCCUAAAUUAAGACCUCUCUACAAUCAUCCUGCUGGGCCAAAGACUGUUUUCUUCUGGGCACCUGUUUUUAAAUGGGGUUUAGUUGUGGCUGGAUUCUCUGAUAUGACCCGGCCACCAGAAAAGCUCAGUGUCUCUCAGUCCUGCGUCAUUACAGCCACAGGAUUAAUUUGGUCAAGGUACUGCUUGGUGAUCAUCCCUAAGAACUGGGCUCUGUUUGCUGUGAACUUCUUUCUGGGCGUGUGUGGAAGCAUCCAGCUCACGAGAAUAUGGAGGUACAACCAACAACUCAAGCAGAAAGAAGAGGAAGUGCAGCAGUCUUGAAGUGCCACUUAUUCUGACGAGUGGAGCGGUGAACUUUUGCUGUGUUACUGUAAAAGCAAUGAAUCUGCAUUUUGCACACAUCAGUCAUGUUAUAUAGAUCAAACAAAUAUGCUCUGUCUGUGUAAAAUAGAGAUUUGUUUUUAAGCACUUCAUAAUCAUUUCAUAUUUUAUCUUGUAAAAUUGUGAUAUAAUAUUGAUUGUAAUUCACAUGUUCUUGAUUGUAUAUUGUAGUGUGUGUUGUCUGAUCCAUAGUUAAUAUUUCUAUAAUUAUUCAGUUUUAAGGGGGUCAUAUCAUAAGAAUAAUAAUUAAAAAAAGUUACUGGAGUUGUGCCUACGUUGUGUUGCCUAGAUUGUGUAAUGUUUUAUUUUGUGUGCCAAAACAGUCACUAUUGAAACACCGUUGAAACAACUAUUGAAAAAAUAGUUUUUCAAGAACUAAAAAAAUUCUAAUCCAUAGAAUUAACUGUAUAUAUUUUGUUAUUGUGCCUUUAAGAAACUUUCUUUGGCUUCGCUCACUCACAGGCUGCGUUUCCUGUUGCUGUAUCUAAUAUAGAUUUUUACUUCCUACAUGAUGCAUGUUUUGCGUCGCAAUAAAAUAAUCUGUGUUAAAAUGUGCCACAAAAAUGACUAAGAUCAAACUGAAAUGUUAUGGAUAUUGUUAAGGACUCAAUGUUUUUCUAUUACAAGUUUUUUUUUUCCUCAAAGGAUUAAGGCAUAAUUUGAUUCCUCAUGAUAUGACCCCCUUAAAAUCCAACAUAAAACUAACAGUCAUUUGAUAAAACUAACAUUCUAUUGCACUGUAUAGGCUAAAUUGCUGUUGCAUUUUUUGCAUUAGAGACUGAGAUCAGAUGAACACAUGUAGUGGGCAAAGGUUGAAACAACCUUGACACGCAGGAACAGAUAGACUUUGCCCUUUAUAUGGACAGAGAAGACACACAAUGAUAGAUAGAAUGUUAAUACUAAUGUCAAUGUACGCAUUUAUUAAAUUAGUGUCAAAAUAACAUGGAUUCCUAGGACAAAAGUCAUUUCGUAAUCUCACAUCUUUGUAUUUUGAGUCUGCAGUGCAGCUGCAUCAUCCUACGCUGGGCUUUAAUAAAAACUUUAGGGUCAUUAAGCAGCA